AUGGCCCGACGAUCUAGCAAGAGUUCGGCCUCUAGGCCAACAGGCUCAAUACGCAUAGUGAUGCCUUCAUCGAGCCAAGCGCCUCCUGCGACUCCCGCAUCUGAAACAGCCGUUACCGAAGAGGACGUAAACAAGCUCAACAUCGCCGACCUCACUCUCGAUGUUCCUCUGAUUCCCUUUAAAACGAAGCGCCGAGUACCUAAAAAUCCAUUCCACUUCCUAUCGCUACCCGCCGAAGUACGCAUUCAGAUCUACACCUACUUCUUCGACGAUGUCCCCACGCUUUUAGAUCUUGGCCCCGGCAAUUACAAGCGCGUUCACAAGAAGCUUGGCCUCAUGCGAGUCUGCAGGCAGGUCCAUGAUGAAGCGACAUUUGCUUUCUACAGCACACGAACUUUCCGCCUAUUUCCUACCUAUCCUGGUAAAUACUUCAAGAGCAAGAAGCCUCUACUGGCGAGGUUGAAGCCCCAGCAGCGACGAUGCGUUACGUCUCUCGAAUUGCGCCUUGGCCCUGGAUGGAAUGCGCCGCCUCGUGGAUGGGUCGUCAACCCAGCGCUUGGUCUCUCCGAUUGUGUCGAUGUCGAGCGCCUUAAUAUCUUUGUUGAGUGCGACCCCAGUGACAACAUCUUCCAAGGCUGGCGUCGAGCGGAGGGCUUCUACGAGACUUUCAGCAGGAACCUUCUCAGCGAUGUCCUGGAGGCACUGCCUUCACUCCAGGCGGUCCAGUUCGACGGAUGGACCAGUGUAAAGAAGUCUGGCGAUAUGAUGCAGGGCCUUAUGGCAAUUGUCGAGCAGCAUGGUCUCGGUAUCGAAUGGGGCCCCGAAAGGGGAUGGACCGACGGUGAUGACGAUGAAGUUGAGGGAGCGGAGCCCGUCGGCUAUCCUGAAGGAUUCCCCCACCCAGGCUAUGAAGCGCAUGGCCUUUUGGCUUUGGCGUAA